AUGUGGCGGUUGAGCCUCUUGCGGCGAGUGGCCGCUGCGGGUGGCAGAGUAAAGUCUUCGGGUUCCGCAUCACUUCCGUAUCGCCGCGUUCUGAAGAUGCUUCAGGCUGAAGGCGAGGGACUUCCUGCGGCGGGGGGUGUGUUUGAACAGUUCCGAGCCUUUUACCGGCAGGUCAUGGCCGAUAAGGCGGCUUCAGGGAGAGCGGUGAAGCCGAUUGAAGAAUUUUGUGGUGCGUCUGAGGACGUGGAGCCGUUUGCCCUUGUCAUGAUGAAAGUUCUUUGCGAUCUUCAGAAGAUGGAGGACCUUCGUUUUCUUUUUGCCCAGUGUUUGUUGGAGCUCCAUUCCCCGUCGAUUGAACUUUUCAACGUGUACCUGCUUGCCAUUUCUUUGACGGACAGCUUCAACCAGUACGAGAUUGAGAAUGUCGUGGAGGUCAUGCGUGCAAGAGCCAUCCAUCCCGAUGUCGUAACACGGCUCUCUCUGUUUAUCUUGUACAUACGACUGGGGCAGGACUACUCCGUGUGGUGGCCGGAGAUACGGGACGAGGUGCUGAGCAUCGCAAAGUCCGGAAAACCAGGCCAAUAUCCACUUCUUGAGGUGCGGCUGCAGCAUUGUUUCCAGACCAUUCUUCGUUUACACCAUGACGUUACGAUGAUCCACGAAUGCUUUGACCUUCUGAAGCUCGUAGACCAGAAGAGAAUUUCUUCCCGACUCCUGCUACCGUAUAUGCUUCUCAGCGCCAACAAUGCAGCAGCACCUCCUGCAACGACGGUUCAGAUAUUAGAACUUUUAGAGGCAACGCGGAAAUUGGAGGAUACUACGUCGGAGGGCGCUUCCCUACGAGCGGUUUCGGAAGAUGCAGAAACAGAAAGGACGAAUGUGGGCUCAACUGACCCUGUGUUAAACAACGAACUCACAGCAUUGAAACUCCUGGCCAAGUGUGCCAAAUGGGGAGACGUGGCAUCUGCUGUCUACGUUCGAGAAUACCUCCGCAAACACCCGGGCAUAAUAUCUCCAACAAGUCAACCGGCUGUAUCCUUGCUGUUCCUAGAGGCUGCAUCGCGGGGUGCGAUGCUGAAGGAGGCGUUGACGGUGCUGGAAGAUGAGGUGCCUGAGACACAUUGUCAACCAGGUCCUCGGCCAAAGUUGUUUUUGGAGUCCAGAAAAGUGACUCUUCUCAACGCAGAUCCAAUCAUGACACUUGCGCGCCUUGUUGCAUUUGGUGAAGCAAGUGUAGAGAAAGGGCUGGCUAUUCUGGACGAGCGGCGGGAAGCUGGGGGUGAGGUGAGCCAUAAGUCCCUUAAUGUUCUCAUGGAAGCUGCCGCUUUGCUGAAGGACGAGGGAAAAGCAGCCAUGGUGUUUGCCGCCUUUGAGAGUCUUGGGGCAGUGAAGACAUCGCGCACGUUUUUGCUUCUACUUCUCUCCAUGCCUGACGCGGCGAGUUCAACGGCACGAAUACCAGAAGUUUUGGCGGAGAUGUCUGAUUUAGGAAUUGAGGUUUCAAGUGAUUUUCUUCGUGGGGCACUUGAGCUGGCAAUUGACGCACAGGAUGGUUUUACCGCGAUGCAGAUGGUUGGGUACCAUGAGAAAAGGUCCAUCUCCAUCGAAAGCAAACUGUCCAUACGUCUUAUGCGUUUGCUCUGUCUCGUUGUUGAUGUUGACAGUGUCCGGCGACUCAUCGCUGCGUUGAAGGCGACCGAAUCACCCGUUGACUCUCGAACUGUUUCAUUGUGUGUGGCGACCUUCAAAAAGUGGGCAAUUCCCUGCGAUGACUUGAAAGCGGUCUAG